GCGGUGGAUAUCGGCCCACAGGGACGUUUCACAGCAUUAGUUCUGCCGGUCUUAUCAAGAGCUGAGGUGGUUGUUGCACAAGGCAUUGAUAUAUCGCGGCGAUGGGCAGGAUGGCCUCACUCCUCCUGAUUUACACCGCAUGAACUCUCGUGCUGGCUUGUCCGCUGGAGUAUUCAAGCUUGACACCUUAUAAGCUUUGAUAGCCAAACACAUUAUCUUGUAGAGCCCUUCCAGCCGCGUGCUGAAACACGGUUUUCUAAGUGCUUUGCGUUGGAACACGCCCUAGUCGCUCCUCCGCGCUUGACAAUGUUUUAAGCUCUUUACUGAAUAGUAACAUCCUUGGGCAUCUUGACUUCAGUACUUAGCAAAAGAUGGGCUGUGGGGCCUCAUCAGCUAAAGGGGCGGCCUUGUCGCCUUCCCCGGGUGAACCUGGACUCGGCAGCGGCAAGCAGACAUCCCCGCCAAGCACUUCCAAGAAGGACUCAGCAGCUACCAUAGAAGACAAGCCUACUCAAGCAGACGGUUCUGCAUCGGCAGUAUCUGCCAAUGGGGCCUCAUCUACUGCUGUGCACAGCGGCGCUCCUCCACCUUCAACUCCACCCGUUGCGGAGAGCGCGUCGCCAGCGCAAUCUGGGCAAGCAGUAGCAGCUCUGCUAUCGCUUGUUGGGGCCGUCCCGGGCAGCGGCGGCGGAGCCAGCGAUGCGGCGGAUGAGCCGCCACCUCGGGCACCGUCGCAGCAAGCAACGCCCGCACCAGCACCGCUUGCAAAGCGACCCUCUGGCUCAGGCUCAACGCCACCGCCACCCCAAUCCCAGUCCUCAGUGGGCAAGCUCCCGCCGCUGAUGACGAAGCCCUCAAAAUCGUCGUUGCCGCCUAUCGGCGGCAGUAGAGGGUCGUCCACCGGGAGCGUGCCGCCACAACUGCCGGCGGUUUCCUCCGCUAAUGACGCCUCGACACGGCCGGCACUGCUGGUGCCACGGCUAGGACCCGGGCCGAUUGCGUGCCUGGCAGCGCCUGCUCGCUCACGGUCACAAUCCGGGGGUGGCCAACCGUCAGCAGCCGCCCUGGAGGCGCAAGUGGCACAGCUGUCCAGCAGGGCGGGGCCGGACGCACAGUGUGUCGCCGCCGCUCGCAUCCGCGAGGCGCUGUGCAGCCGUAACCCGCCGGUGCAGGCGCUGCUUGACGCUGGCGUGGCGGCACCGCUGGUGCGGCUGGUGAAGGAGGGGCCGGCGGCUGCGCGCGUGGACGCGGCGUGGGCGAUGGUGAACAUUGCCGCCUCGUCGGAGUAUGCACACGCCGAGGCGCUGUGCAACGAGACUGCGACGGAGGUGCUGGUGGAGGUGCUGGGCGGCGGCAAGCAGCGGCAGUCCAACGCGGGCGGCAGCAGCAGCAGCGGCGCUGCCAGCACCAGCGGCAGCGAUAGCGCGCUGGCUGAGCUUUCGCUGUGGGCUCUGGGCAACAUCGCAGGCGCGAUGCACCCAGGCAUGCGGACGCAGGCGCUGGCGGUGGAUGUGCUGGAUGCGGGGGCGCUGCGCGCGGUGCUGACGGUGAUGGAGCGGGAAGCGGCUGGGGCGAGCACGAGCGCGCCAGUCGCCAGUCCGCUGCUGCGGGUAGCGACGUGGUGCCUGCACAACCUGGCCAAGCACAAGCGGGAAAAGGAGAUGGUGGACUCGAUCCCUGUCGUGACAAAGCUGCUGGUGGAGGCGGCGGACACGGAGGUGCUCACAUGCGCGGCCUGGGUUCUGGCGUUCCUGGGUUCCAACGAGGACAACAAGAGCCACAUAAAGCAGGCGCUGUCGGCACUUCCGCGCCUGGUGCAGUGGGUCAGGGAGGCCUCAUCCAGCCUGGCCACGCCCUCGCUGCUGAGCGUGGGCACCAUGUGUACCGGCUACAUGCGCGCGCUGGACUACAGCGAGCAGGUGGUGGAGGCGGGCGGCGUGCCGGCCAUGCUGUCCUACCUGCAGCGCGCCGCGGCCGGCGGGCUGGCGGCGGCGCGGCGGGCCAUGGUGAAAGAGGCGCUGUUUGCGCUUAGCAACGUGGCGGGCGCCAACUGCGCCACCGUGCGGGCCAUGCUGGAUGCGGGUGUGUUCCCGGCCGUCAUCGACCUGCUGCGCCAGGCCUCGGGCGACGAUGAGAUCCUCAACGAGUGCCUGUACGUGCUGACCAACCCCUGGGACCCGCUGGUGGGGGCGGACGUGCCCACCAGUCAGGCGCUGGUGGCUAGCGGCAUCUUGGAGGAGCUGCACGGGCUGUUGGACCCCGCCGCGCCCGGAGACCGCCUCAGCCUUCUGCUCAAGGGCCUCGGGGACGGCCUGAAGCGCGGGCAGCAGCUGAUGACGUACGAGGCCAACAUGCGGCUGGUGGACCACGGCCCGGAGGCGGCGGCGGCCAUGCCGGCGGUGCAGAACCCGGUGGUGACGCUGUAUGUGAAGCUGGGCACGGUGCAGCGCAUUGAGGCGCUGAACAGCCACACGGACGAGGAGGUGCAUACGCGCGCCAACGGCAUCAUCACCGUGCUGCGUUUCUUCAUGGAAUAGAGUGGGGGCUUGAGAGUGGAUUGCUCCGGAGGCCCUGCAGGCGGGAUGGGUGGGAGGGAUUCAUUAGAUGGGAGAGCAGGGUGGCUGGGCGGACGGAAUGGCUGGUGGGAGAGCGGACUGGAAACGCGAGAUGUGGUGUGGGGGUGGGUGGCGUCAAUGCGAGGGUAGGCUAGUGUACUUCGUGGGCGUAGGGAAACCCGGCGUAACAGGUCAUGGCAGUGUGCACUUUUGGGAAGAUGAUGGGAGACUAGGUCGUUUCGGUCCUGGAAUGGCGCCGCGGGCUGCCUUCUCCCGGACAGCGGCCAAGCUGCCGUUGAGAUCUAGGACAAGCGAGAGCAACUGUAGCGUCACAGGAUCGUGGGCCCUUGGAGGGAAGAGGGUCAGGCGUGAGUAUGAGAGACUGCAUGUGGCACGUCAGCGAAACGAGGACACAGCACAAACGAGUAAGCUAGGUCGGGUGGAGCGUGGUGGAGGCCUGGCAGGACCAGGCGACCAGGCCGGGCUUGCAGACUGUGGUGAUUCCCUAACAGGGGCGGCAAAUUUUCCGUUGCACGUGUCUCCUGAAUCAGGGCUGGAUGAGUGGAUAUCUCGAUGACACGUGCGGCUUGAGACUGCGUAUACAUGACAAAGCUGCAAGCAAUACGGACGUUAUACAUGAAUGCGGAUGUUACAGAGGGGACAG